UAGAGACCAAGAAACUAGUAAAUAUACUAAAUGUGAUAAUUGUCAUCAUUGUAUUAAAGAUAACUCAACUAUUAGAGAUAUAAUACCUGAUAUUGAAGAGCUAUUACGUAUCAUAGAGCUUGAAGAAUUUUAUGAUCAUCAAGAUUUUAAAAAAUUAAGAAAACCGAAACUACUAAGUAUCGUUGAACUUGCAGAAUUCAUGCUUCAAGACUUAAUCAGGAGAGUUAUCGAGGGGCUUGCAGAUGGUGCCAAGGAAAUAAUAAAAGAACAAGAAUAG